UAGGGAACAGCAAACAACUACAGGUGAAUUCAGUCACUCACUGUGUUUUGUACUUUUAUACCUGACAGCCCAGGACACAGUACUAAUUAUUCUUUUAGAGAAAAAGUACCUCUUAUUUUUCAGCUUAACAAUGCAGUAAUUUGUCCCAAAUCAUCACCCAUCUUCAUCUGGCCAAGAUCCAAGCUUAGGUCCCCAUGCAUGCUUCAUGUUCGGUGAGAUUUUUUCAGUCAAUUGGUUAUAUACUGAAAUUAACUAAUUAAAGAACAAACCGGCUCCCACAACGCAUGUGAAAACGAGGUGACCCUCCUGGCCCAACAAACCACAGAAUUGCACAUUGUAUCCAGCCUAUCACUCAAUCACCUCCUUCCCACGCAAAACAACUCAAAAAUCACUGUCAUUACGGCUCAGUUUGUCAAAAACAGGGAGGAGAAAUGGAGAAGGAAACCAGCCCAGAUCUUUUGAUAGGAGUGGUUAACCCCACUACACAUGCAGUCUAUCCAUCCAUGCAAAUGCACUUGCUGCUGGCUGAAGCAAAGCCCAGCUGUUAGCCUGUUCCACCUUGGCAAUGGCAUCUCACCUCUCAGGGUUUGGUGCCCUGUAACUGUAUGCAAGACCAACCUAUCUUACAGCUCACUCCUCUCCUCUCCUGACAUGUACACACCCCCUCCUCAUGCAUGCAACCACCUUGUUAUAAGCCACACCACAUCACACACCCCUCUCAUUCACAUUGUCACACACAUUACGAUCGAUCUUGAAUUCUUGAUCAGUUGAGUUGCAUUGCAUGCAGAAAGCUCAUCACAAGUUCACAACCAAUAGCAAUCACCAAGUUUUUUUUUUGACACUGUGACAGCAUCCACCAUGCAAGCCAUGCAGAGACUUGUGCUGUGUCUUGUUGUGUCCAUGGCCAUCGCGGCGUCGGCUCAGGGCCCGACGGCGGCGCCGGCCGCGCCGGCGCCGGCGACACCGGCGGCACCGGCGACGCCAGCGGCGCCCGCGCCGGCGUCGACGAAGACGACGAACAUCACGGGGGUGCUCGCCAAGGCCGGGCAGUUCAACACGCUCAUCAGGCUGAUGCGGUCCACCGGCGCGGCGGAGCAGAUCGACAACCAGCUGAACAGCUCGCGCAACGGGCUGACGGUGUUCGCGCCGACGGACAACGCGUUCACGUCGCUCCCCUCCGGCACGCUCAACUCGCUGUCCGACCAGCAGAAGAACUCGCUGGUGCAGUACCACGUGCUGUCCACGCUGAUCCCCAUGUCGCAGUUCGACACCGUCAGCAACCCGCUCCGGACGCAGGCCGGCAGCAACUCGCCGGGGCAGUACCCGCUCAACGUGACGGCGGAGGGGCAGCAGGUGAACAUCUCCACCGGCGUCGUCAACGCCACCGUCGGCAACGCGCUCUACACCGGCGACAACCUCGUCGUGUACCAGGUGGACAAGGUGCUGCUCCCGAUGGCCAUCUACAGCACGCCGGCGCCCGCGCCCGCGCCGCUGUCGCCGGCGACGAAGAAGAAGGGGAAGACGCCGGCCACGUCGGUCGCCGACGCGCCCGAGGCCGCCGACGCGACGCCGGACGCGACGACCCCGUCUCUCGCGGCGGCGAGGGUGACGGCCGGUGCUGGUGUCGGGGUGGUUCUUGCCUUGGCGAGCGUCUGGUUGGGGCUGUGACGAUGAGGUUGAUGACAAGUUUGAGCGAGAUCUCUGUAUUGUACGCGCCUUCCAUAAUUUUUUCUGUUGUUUUUUUUCUCUCUUAAUUUUUUUUGUUGUUGAAAAGGUGUUCUUUUCUUAAUGUUCUGUCCAUUUUUGGUUGAAUUAUUGCUCGUCAUAUCAUUACCAUUAUUAUUGUAAUUGCUAGGAGUAUGUAAUGUAUCAUUGGAUUCCCAUUUUUCUGUAAUGUAAUGGUACUAAAUAAACAUGAGUUGUGCGUAA